CGGAGCCCGCAGUUCAAAAGCGACCCCAAGUCAGUCUAGAUGCGGACGUCGUGGUGGGAGGGCGUUCACUCCCUCCCCUGGUGCAUCACUCGCGACCCGCAACUUCCUCGUUGGCUAAGUCCAAAAACUCGUCAAGUUGAUGAAAAUAGAGAUAUAUGUCUUAAGUUGCCUUAUAUCACUUGAGUUAUAUUAAGUUACUGCCCAACAACUUACCAUAAGCGUUUAGAAUGCUGCAAUUUUGGAUGUUUUUAGUCACGAGUAGAGAACUGAGCUUGUGUCUUGUUGCUGAAUAACUGUUUUCUGAUCUGUUAUUCAGCAUUUUGCGAAUUUUACGCUACCCGACCAACACUGAACUACCCGGACUUGUGUGGCUUAAGUUGUAUUCGAAAUGGCCACGUAUGUGAGGCAGUGGUGGUGGCUGACUUCACCGAGUGCCUGGAGGGUGGUGGUGGUGGUGAACAGCCUACGGGGUUUGCACGCCUUUCUCCACCAUACCACAGCCCUCUUCACCACCACCGACACCACAGCCCUCUCCACUACCACCGACACCACAGCCCUCUCCACUACCACCGACACCACAGCCUUCUCCAUCACCACCACCGAUCCAUCCUUCUCCAACAUCCUUUCAACCACUCCCUCCUUCACAAAUAUUCCUGCCCUCACCAACACCACCACUAAUACUUUCAACCGUACCUCCACCACCACCACCCCUCGCACCCUCACCACCACUCGCGCUCUCCGUGUAGCGGCGAGGACACGUCAUCUGAAGCCGGCACACACACGAGCGGCCACGGGAGGAUGACCAAGCCCUGCACGAGGAGGCAAGAGACCCAAGAAGUUUUAAACACAACUCUCCUUAACCUCAGCAGACAAGACAUCGCCAGGCAGGAGCUGUGUACACUGCCGGCUACACAAGAUAUCCGGCGCAGCGAGUUACCAGCAGCAGGAAACACGGAGGCAGUACUUGUCAUGGUGAUGUGGCCUCAACACCUUCAUGGUGAUGGACGAACAGUUACCACCAUUGUGAGUCGCCAGCAGCAACCACAAUCACCAGUAUCAACCACAAUCACCAGUAUCAACCACAAUCACCAGUAUCAACCACAAUCACCAGUAUCAACCACAAUCACCAGUAUCAACCACAAUCACCAGUAUCAACCACAAUCACCAGCUAUCACCAUUAGCAAGGGAACUCUGGUGACACUCUUCACCACUACCACCACUACCACCACUACCACCACUACCACCACUACCACCAGCACUACCACCACCACCACCAGCACCACCACUACCACCAGCACUACCACCAGCACUACACCACCAGCACCACAAAUCCCUGCACCAUAACCUGGACUUAAGGAUGACACUUCAAGCUGAUCAUGUGAAGAAUGACGACAGAGCUCUGGCCCAGGCGGAUGGCGACAUCUUUGAGAGAAAAACAAAACUAUACAUUAAUUACUUCACUUAAUUUACCUGAUUUAUGAGUUAUGGGUCAGAGUCAGCUGAUACAAGUUAGAAACAUCAUUGGAGACAGCUCUGAUAGAAUUAUUGUGUCCUAAGGAUACCACCCCAGCGAGAAGGAAGAGACAUCGGCCAGGGUCACUACUUCAAGUAUGGGAGACAUGGCUUUGAUAUCACUACUACUGUUGGUCUUGAGCGCGGUGACAACGGCCGUAUCCCCAGCAGACGUCAUCAAACCCGGAGCUUUAGUUGCCUCACUAGGCUAAGUACUGGUAGUUCAAGACUUUGUAACUGUCAAGUAUGAGCUCCAUGACUUAAUGCACAUGCCAGUGCAUCUGAGGUCAAUAGCUGUCCACAUUGAAACAGCUAUGCAAACUCUGCAAGAUCUCCAACAACAAACUACAAUCUCUACAACACUCCGUCAGACCAUCUCUCUUCAGAACGACCGUCUGAAGAGUCUACUCAAGACAGUAACGCCUGUAUUAUUAAACAACAUCUUCCCCUUGAAGAGGGUCAUCGUGUUUCAACCUGAGUUUUAAACUAAAUGAGUCCUGAGGGACACUGCAGUACAGUACUUAACAGGGUGGUGUGGCGGUAAAAU